CGGAGCAUAGCAUUCGGGUCCGCGUCAUCAGUACGUCGAGUGAAUAGAACCAUAGGAAGUUAAAAAGGCCCACUUACCCGGGCGCUUAAGUGCAAAAUAUCAGCCCAAAAAAUAGUGAAAACCCGUCAAAAAGGGAUCGGUGUGACGAAAGCCAGUGAUGUGAAGUGUGCGGGUCAGUGUGGUGGCGUCUACAUUGAAAGGUGAACCGGAAAGUGUGCAACAUGAGGCGGCUGUGGUUUUCUGUGAAAUAGUGUUCUAGUGCGUCCAAAAACAACGUUUCCUCAAUGUGGUGUUCAGGGCACGAUGGUCAGAGAGACUAGACACUUGUGGGUAGGAAAUUUACCCGAGAAUAUUAGAGAAGACCGAAUCAGAGAGCAUUUCAAACGAUAUGGCCGAGUGCAGAGUGUUAAGUUACUGCCAAGGGUGCCCGAGGAGAAGGCGAGCGAGGUCUCGAUGGCGUGCACGGUGGCGUUCAUGGACAUUAAAAGUGCGUCCAAGGCCCACAACGCCGAGCUCAAAAUCGACGACCGUACUCUGAACACGGAGUACUACGAACCUGCUGCCAUUCCGUCCGCGGCGACGGCCGCCUCCCCCCAGGGCACGCCCCCAUCCUAUUCUACCUCUCCGGGUACCAACAGGUUCCCCAACGGCCAUGCAUCAUCCGACGAGCAUGGUUUUUCAUCGUCAGACCCGGCCGUCCCCUCGUCGGCCGCCUCCCGCUUCUACGAGCGGUCGUCGUCCACCACGUCGACGGCGGGGGGCGGCCAAGGAGGAGGGGGCGGCGGCAGGACGCCCUCGGAAGCCGCCUCCGAGGCCGCGCGACGCGGUACCGUCACCACGCCCGUUCCAGAGACCGCCACCGGUACGUGCAGGGGCGGCCGGAACCGCGACCGGUUUAGGGGCGGCGGCGGAGUGGCGGGGAGCGGCGGUGGGGGCGGCGGAGUCGGUGGUGGAGGCGGACAUCGGGGGAGCGGCAGUUGGAUAUCCGGAUACGAGUCGUCCAGGUAUAAUAAUAGUAACGAAAGAAGUCAGUCGGAAACAACAGGGUAUAACUCAGCACCGUCGGAUACAAACGAACGGCGGAAUUCCGAAAACGUGCGGAAAAAAACCAAGUCUAGAUCCGGUUCAAGGUCACCGACACCAAACGGGAGCACUAGCAGCAGAUCUCCAUCAAGGUCGCGGUCACAGAGUAGCAGCAGUUCCUCUUCGUCCUCUACGUCGAGGGAUACAUCGUCUACAACGUCGCGACGUUCACGACGUCACCGUCAUCGGAAGAAAGCCGGCCCUGGGACGGGAGAUGACCGACGACCAUUGGCCAUCUGCGUACGGAAUUUGCCGGUACGAUCUAGCGACACCUCUCUGAAGGAUGGACUGUUCCACGAGUACAAAAAACACGGCAAAGUAAGGUGGGUGAAGGUGGUGGGACAAAACGCCGACCGGUACGCCAUCGUUUGCUUCAAGAAGCCGGAAGAUGCGGAGAAGGCGUUGGAAGUCAGCUACGACAAAUUGUUUUUUGGAUGCAAGAUCGAGGUGGCCUCUUAUGCAGUGUGCGAUGUAGACGACGGUGAGUUCCGGUACGAGUCGGAAAUCGACGAGUACAACCCGAAAGCUACCCGUACUCUGUUCAUUGGUAAUCUGGAGAAGGACGUUACGGCAUCGGACCUUCGGAAACACUUCGAGCAGUUCGGCGAAAUUAUUGAAAUCGACAUCAAGAAGCAGGGAGCCGUAAGCUCUUACGCAUUCUGUCAAUAUGCGGAUAUCGUCAGCGUGGUAAAAGCUAUCAGAAAAAUGGACGGCGAACAUCUAGGCAACAAUCGUGUCAAACUGGGUUUUGGCAAGUCGAUGGCGUAUAGCUGCGUGUGGGUGGACGGCGUUGCCGAAGCCGUCACCGACAAGUACCUGCGCAUACAAUUCGAACCCUUUGGUGCCGUCACCCGCUGCGUUAUCGAUAGAGAAAAGGGUCAAUCUCUCGUGUUCUACGAGCAUGUAGCGCAGGCGCAGCAAGCGGUUAGCAAGAUGCGCGGCUUUAUGCUCAAGGGCCAGAAGUUACAGGUGGAUUUUGCAAGCCGGGAAUGCCAGGAGUGUUUCUUUGAACGUCUGGAAAAACAAGGGGCGACGUUGGAUCGUACGCCUUUCGAAGAAAGGAGAGAACCAUCAUCGAGGGCGUUCGAUUCAUCAGCUGUUUCCAGAUUAUCAAGGUAUGACACCCCGACAAGACCGAGAACCUCCAGCUAUUCUAGUCGAUCUUCGGUGGCGGCCGUGGCCUCACCGGGCACACCGGGAAACGCCACUCCCAGAGCGGGACGAACGCGAGUCGCCAGGUACUACGAGUACGACAUGGACUACGCAUCCGUGGAAGGAAGGCACGCCACGCAUCGCAGCUACGACGAGUACAGCCAAGGAUCGGCGGCUUCGCACGAGGAUCCCUACGAUCCUUACGACCAUGGGCAAUAUUUACACGAUAGCCCGGGUCAUUUGGAUCCGCUGGAGUACCCAUUCUUACACCACCAGGUGCGUGGUCAGAACCUGGUGGAGCCCGUACCGUACGCUCCGCACGACAUCCGCAAUCUGCAAAAGGAACGGGUCCAUCUUCUGGAACAGCUGGAGGAGUGCCCCAGUUCGGGCGACGAACUGAUCAGUCCGAAGAAGCGGCUGAAACUGGACCUGCUGGAUACCGCCAUCGCGGGUGACGUCAUCAUCGAGGCGAACCGAGAUCACAACAGAAAGGUAAAGGUUAUGGAUGGUCGAAGAUUGUCCGAAUCAGCGUUACGUCACCACUCACGAAGACCUUCGGUUGACAACAAAUAUGGUAACCACUAUGUCCCUCACACAGUCGGUUGUAAAAGACGACGAACAGCUGGUAGUGACAAUGGUGCAAGAACAGGGGGACAUUCGCAUUAUAACGAACAUUCGGACGGAUCCGAACAUCCAGGAUCCAGACCUGGUACACCUCUCUGCGACGAGAACCCGGAAUUUCCUCCGGGGGAACCACCAAAGAGGACGACCAGGGAACGAGAGGGACCACUAAUGUUGCCUCUUCCGAAGUUUGCGGCACAGAUUCGAGCGACUCCUGAAUUCCAGAGAGGAGCUGUAUCUGUAGCGGGUAUUAAAGGCCAAAAAGACAACGUAAAUCCAUUGGCUAGUCCGCCCCCCGCAGCGACGAGCCCUCGAGUUUCUUUGCUCCAUGUCCGACCUCCUAGUCCUACGCACGCGGUGCCGCCUCCAGCAUCACCGCCACCGCGACCUCCUAGUCUUAGUUCAAAUUCCAGUGAUAGCGAUGUUACAAGUCCGUCUUUAGAAGAAAGGAUUCGAUCUCUCGAUGAAAAAUAUGAAAAAUGGUCUGGUAGCAGAACGCUGAGUGCUGCGGGAAACGAUGCUCUGGCUCUUCUUGAUGCCAAUAGGGAAAAAUUUCGACUUAGGCAUAAGUUGCUAGAAAUUCAAGAUUUUAAGGAAGUCCAACCAUCGGAAAUCGUUAAAUCUGUAAUGGCGAAACGAUCGGUAUUCGACGAGGAUCUGAAACGGUUAGAGAGUGUGGGUGAGAAAUACGAGCCAAAAGAUUUUGGAAUAUACCGACUGCCGACGAUAUCACCCGCUUCAAUGGUUUUCUCACCGCCUCCUGUUUCACCGGCACCAUCGUCUAUUUCCACUGCUCUAAAAUUAACAACUACCACCACGCAGCUACCUAAAACACCCACCAUGCUGUCGCCACGGUCUUCAGGAGGUGGAAUAAGCAUCCCAGCGACCAGAGGCCUCCAGUACCCUUUUCCCAGCCACCCGCCGGUGCUGAUGUCGCCGGCACCGACCAGCAGCUCGACGCCAACUACACCAACAAGUACUACCGUUACUGCGCGGAGCGUGAACCCCGGUGAAAAUAGACUGAAACCGACGGUCAGCGUUCCCGGUGACUCACGGACUUCUAGUGUUAAGACUUCUUGUGUAGCGAACGUUAAUAGUGGCGGGGCGAAACCGAAAACCGGGGAAAAAGUGUCGUCGCGACGGAAUUCCAGUUCGAACACCUCGCCGCGAGCGGACGUCAAAACUCGUCGAAACAGUGACACUAGUGCGCGUCGAAUAGAAGAAGUAGCCGCGGAACAAGAGGAGAAAGAACGACUAGAAAAAGAGCGGCGCGAAAAAGAAAACGAACUGGAAAAACAGCGACUGGAAAAAGAACGCAUCCAGCGGGAGAAGGCGGAAAAGGCAGAGAAAGAGCGACAAGAACGAGUGCGGCAAGAAAAGGAACGGGCUCGUUUAGAAAAGGAACGGUUAGAGAGAGAACGAUUAGAAAGGGAAAGACAGGAGAAAGAACGACAAGAAAGAGAACGUCUUGAGCGGUUAGCUCAGGAACGACUUCAGCAAGAGAUAGAAGAGCGAGAACGAAAGGAACGCGAAGAACGAGAAAGGAAAGAAAGGGAAGAGAGCGAACGGAAAGAGAAGGAACGCCGUGAACACGAGGAACGGGAACUACAAGAAAAACUAGAUCGUGAGCGGCGGGAACGUGAGGAACAUAAAACCAAAGAGGAAGAGCAUCGAGUGGUUAAAGAGAAAGAGCGACGGCGCAGCGAAGAUCCUACUCGACACAAAGAUUCAGACAAUCACCACGAACGUCUUAAUUCGAAGCAUCGUGAGAACCACAGCGAAACCAAACACAAGGAGAACAAUUCCCAUCACUCUAAUGAGAAAGACGAGAAUCACCGACGCGAAGGUGAUCGUCCUCGACACACCGCCGAGACUCGACAUUUAUCCAUCGAUCUAGAAAAGGGACCAGAUCCUACAAGAAGAAAAGAGCGCAACAAUAGUCUACCAGCGGCCGUAGGUCUUAAACGACGACCUAGUUCACAUGAAAUCACAGACGGAUUAGAUGAGGCGAAGAAAAUGCGCCUCGCGCACGAUCAUAGGAAAAUAUCCGAUAGGCGUGAUUCGAAAGACAGUGCAAAGAGUGAUGAGAAAGUGAAGAAAAACAAACAUAAAAAUAACUUUUACGAAAAACACAACAGCGGGACGAAAGAAAGCGAAGAACGGCGGCGAGAGCGGGAGCGCGAACGUGAAGAGCGUCACAAAAAGUACAAAUUAGAUAAACUGAAGGUGAAAAGCAAAAGUCGAGAGAAAGACGCUAAAGAAACAUCUUCGACACCACCCGCCUCUCUUACCAUCACUGAUAAAGACUUUUUAGCGAAACUUAAUCUAAAAUCUAACGAGGAGAUCGAACGUGAAAAACAGAAAAAGGAUAAAGAGAGCAAGGAUAAGCGCGUUGACGUACGUUUAGAAGACAAACGAUGCGACGAUAAAAUAAAAAAGGAGAAGCAUUCUUCAUUUGACACCAAAGAGAAUAUCAAAUCACCUCAAGAGGACUUAAAGACCAAAACCGAUGAUCGGAAGGGACAAGAAAAACAUUCGAUUUUUGAAGUAGUCAACGAGGAACCGCCUUAUAUUUCCAUGUACGAUAAGGUGAAAGCUCGUAGCUGUAAAAAUAUGCAAAAACAAGAAGAAGAAAAACGGCAAGAGAAAAUAAAAGCGAAAUUUAGUCAACUGAAAGAACGAAGGGCGCGACGCGAAGAAAAGAAACGUUCCACCUCGUGGGACGAGGAUUCUGAUUCUGAAAAAGAAAUUGAAGUAAAAUUGCGUCGUGGCAGGAAAGUACUGGAUAGUUCAGACGAAAGUCAGGAAAGGAAAAUUCAUCACAAUCGUAAGGAGGUUUUGCAUUCCGAUUCGGAUAAUUUUCUGUUGGUUCGGGCAGUUAAAACAGAGCAAUUUGAAACAACCGAUGACGAAAUCAAAACUAAACAUCUACCUUUUAAAACCUCCAAAUCCCGUAUUGCUAGUGAUACUUCCGACGAUGAAUAUGGUAACGCCAAAUUUGCUAACAAAAUAAUAUCCAACGAUUACCAUGACAAAAAAGUUAAAGAAAUUUUCUCAGAAAAUGAGCCUGAAAUUGAAAUUAAAACCGAAAAGAUUACAUCAGUCAAAUGUGAAAUUGAAAGGCUAGUUAAAAAAGAGCGAAGAAAUAGUAAAUUUCAAGACCUUGCACCUGAACAGACCAUCAACUCCUUACACUCUGAUGUUGAAGUGAAAUCAGAGAAAUUCGAUAGUAAACAUAUUUUUGACAAUACAACUGAUGAUGAUAUGAAUGAAAUUAGAAAGGACAAAGCAGAGCGUCGGGAAAAGAAACACAAAAAGAAGCAAAAAAGGCAGAAGCAUUCCGUUAGUAGUGAAGAAUCUUGCAAACUAGAAUCGGAGGUGAGUGUAGGAGAAGAAAAAGAAAAGAAACAUCACGAAAAGAAGAAGGAUCAUUCGAAAAAGGAUAAGAAACGCGAAAAAACUAGAGAUGGCCGUGAAAGAACAAAAAAAUCUAAAAAGAAUAAAGCAGAAGAUAAGGGAGAGUCCAAGCGGGAAGGCAAAAUGGAAAACAUUUUUGGAUCAUUAUCGGAUGACUCGGAAAGCGGUCAUAAGGAUCAAAUCACAUUUUUAACCGACGAAAAUGCCCAAGAACCGGUUGUAUUUAAUACAGAUUCUGAGAGAGAACCGGACAAUAAUGUACACGAAGAUCGAGAGACUGAACAUAAAAGAAAGAAGGAAAAGAAGCGAAAAGAAAAGGAGCGAAGAUUACAAGAGGCCGCAGCCGAAGCGGCUGCAGCUGCCGCCGAAGAACCUCCCAACAGUAACGAUAAUAGCAUGGACUUGGCAGAUAUGUGUAAGCAGUUGGAAGCUAACAUUAAAGAUGACACCUCUGAGAUGGAAUAUAAAACUGAAGUGGAGAGCUCAAACUUAGAAACAUCUGAUAAUUUUCCUUUUACUGAACAUGAUAUCAAAAAAGAAAAAGACGAACGGAAAGAAGGAAAAGAAAAAAAGAAAAAGAGAAAAAAGAGCAAAGAUGAGAAGAAACAUCACCACCAUCAUCAUUCAGAAAAAAGCAAGAAUAAGAUUAUUGAAGUAAAACCAGAAAAGACAUUGCAAGUUGACCAAUCUGAACUAAUACCCGAUAUUAAAGUAGAACAAGUUGAUACGACUGUAUUUUCUCCAUCUCAUCCUACUCAUGGCCAAAGUUUACCUAGUCUGCUGGAUGUUCAAAGUCCGAAACAUGAAAAAUCUUCUGACUUUGAAAUAUCACCUAGUACUCGAGAAAUAGCACCACUUAUAAGUCCAAUUCCUAGUACACCUACUAGCACAAAACCGAAAAAAGAAAAAUUAAUACCGGGUUUUGGAAGUGAGGUUGAUGAAAGUGUGCACGAAAAUGCAGUUAAAUCUAUAUGUAGCGAAUUUGAACCGGUAAUUAAAACAGAAGAUGUACCAGUAAAAGAAGAGAGUAAAGAAGUCGUUUUGGAAUCGCCAGAGGAAAAGCCUAGGGUAGUAAUUUCACAAGAAGAAACAGAAGACGCUGUGGCCGCAUUACUUGGUGAGAGUUUUGGAGGUAAUCAGUUCGAAGAAAGAUAUGAUGAAGAUAUUACCUCUACCACAGAAGAGCCUGUACCAGAACUUGUAGAAGAAAGCAAUGUUGAAGAUGAUGAAGAAAUGCGAAAGGCUGUUCAGAGUUUAGAAGUAGAAGAUGAUAUUACUAAACCAGACACACCACAAAGUGAACACGAAUUGCAAAUAGAUACAGAUACAGAAGAGCAAGAUGAGAAUAGUCAAACAGCUGAGCUACCACCUAAAACUCCUGAAGUGGCUUCCUUUCGACCGAACAAAACACCAGUUACAACAUUUUUUCCCGAAAAAGAUCCUAUUGCACCAUCUGUGGGUAGUUAUAAAUCGUUGGGUAGUCCGCCUUCUUUAACACCAAUAAAGUCCGGAAGUUUUCCAGAAGUAAAGAAAAAUCCUGUUACAGAUAAGAUACCGGUAUCAAUAGAGAAGCAACAAAAGUCCGUUAUUGCACAAACUUGGCCUAUUGAUAGGAAAGACGUUACUGUAUCGGAGGCUGUGACAGAGACCAAAUCGCAAGUUAUUAUUGCCACCUCCUCAUCUACUUUGAAGACUUUUGCCGCCCCAUCUACAGUAAAAGCUAACGAGCCUAAUUAUCCUCCAUUAGCCAAGUUAUCACCUAAUAUAGAUAUGAAGAUCCAACCAUCUAACGCUAUUUCCACUUCUACUAAGCCUCCCGUUAUGUCGCAACUUCACAAUCUUCCUGCUCGAUCGCCUGUACAGAUUUGCAAACCGGCUACAACUGAGAGCAUGCUGCCUUCAAGACCAACUAAUAUUCACCUUAAUCGACUGCCAAUUACUCCAGUUAUAGUUUCCAAGCCUCUUCAAGCAUCAACUAUUUACUUAUCUCAGCCUAAAGUGGCCCAUUCUUCAGAACCACCAAAACUAGUUUCCACUGUCGAUCCAAGAUCACAAGAUCGAUCGAGAAUGGUUCUUCAAACCUAUGAACCAUAUUCGCCAGGUCAACCUAGAAUGUUAAUGCCAACAAAUAUUCGACAGCUACCGCCAAGUGGACUUCUUGUGCCGACUCGUCAUUUAUCUCCGUCAGGCUAUGGUCAGUUUGUCGGUAACAUACCUCAUGCGACCUGUCCACCUAAAGAAAUACAUAAUAUUGAAGGGGCUACCAACACACCUAAUAAUACAACAGUUGAACAGAUUAAAUCUACUAUAGUACUCGCCGGAUCCCAUGGUGCUCCUUUAGUCAAUUCUAGAACAUCUCUUGCUGGUUCUGUUAUGAUGAACCCACCACAAUUGAUUCUUACUAGUCCUAAAACAAUUCAAAACAAUCCUGUUUUAAGUCCCAGAUCUUGUCCAUCUGCAAAAUCGCCUAACUCUAGUCAAUCAGUUGUAGCACCAUCUACUGAAAAACUAAGUCCAAAACCAAUGGAAAGGCAAAGUCCAAAACCAAUGGAAAAACUAAGUCCAAAACCAAUACCAGUCAUAAUGGAGAGUACGCAGAAUGUUUCAGCGUCUGAACAGCCUGCCUCGGUAUCCUUCCCUCCAAAAGUUACUACGCCUGAUAACGUAAAAACUAACGAUAUAAAACCACCUAAAGAAUUAAUUACUCCAUCGGUAGUUAUUCCAUCUCCAGACUUCAAGACAUUCACACCAAGUCCUGUCAUUGUUCCCAAUCCAGAAAUAAAGGUCGAAAAUUCUACUUUAGUUCAUGCCACUAAAUUAGCAAUAGAAAAGGUUACUGAAGAGCUUAACUUAUCACUUGCGAAGAGAGAAGAUGCACUAAAUAUUAAAGAUGAUGUGAACAAUGAGCAAAUUUCAGUAAAGGAAGAAAUUAAAGACGCUGGAAACAUUAAUGAUAAACCUAGUGAAGUAAUCAAUGAAAACACAACAAAUUUAACAAACGAAUUAACACAACAAAAUACACCAAAGGAUGAAAAUAAAUCUGAUGUCUCUAUCAAGAAUGAAAUAGCCGAAACAAAGUCAGUUGAUACAGUUCAAGGAGAUAAUAAACCUGAUAUUACGAAUUGCAUAUUAAAAAUGACCAAAGAGGAGGACUCGUUGGAAACGAAAGAAGAUAAUGAGUUUUGGUCGGCUAAAGAUUCAGUUAACAUCGAUUCUGUAAUUAAAACUCUUGGUUCGGCUGAUGAACUUUCUGAUACAGACCAUAAAGAACAGCAGGUGCCUUCUAAAGAAAACGAGAAAGAAGAUAAAGAAUGUAUCAAAGAGCCUGAAAUUAAGCAGGAGGAGGACACAAAAGUUGAAGAGGAAUCUGAUGUUAAUGAGGCUGCAAUAGAGACAGAAGAAAAUUUGAAAGUGGAGCCGUCAGUUACCCGCAGUAGUGCACGAAGGGGGAGAGGUGGACGGCCCCGGGGUGGUAGAUCAAAAACUACUGUAGAACGAGGUAGUAUUCAAACGCGAAGAGGAAAAUUAAAAGAAACUCAACAGUCUAGUAUAACAACAAAGAGAGGACGCGGUGGGAAACUUAGAACUGAGAGAAAGUCUAGCAAAAGUGAAUCUGACACGACGCCCAAUGACGUUUAUGAAUUCCGAGACGAUUCGGAUGACAGCAAUAAGGAGCAACGACCCCGUUUGGUGCUUACUAUUAAAUCUACAACCUCUAGUACUAGUAAUCAUCAAACCACCGCAAUUGUCAAGGAAAUCACACGUGAUGGUGCUAAAGAAAUAGGUAAAGAUUCAUCACCGCCUCCGCCAAAAAAUACAUCAGAUUCUAAAGAAGAAUUCACUUCGCCUCAAGCGAAUACCAGAAAGUCGAGACGACUCGCCGAGAAAGAUAUAUCGCGUAAUACCGUCGAUGAUACGAUUGAAGAAGUUGUGUAUUUUUCACGCCCUAAAUCGCAACGAUUGGCCGACAAAGAUGGAUCACGUAAUAACGUAGAUGAUACGAUCGAAAAUGUUGUGUAUUCUGGACAACGUGCUCAAACUCCACAAACACGUGCAGCUGCUGCUCAACGCCGUUCUGGGCGUCAGGUUAAAAAGCCGCAGCCGUUAAUUGCUGAAAAUGAUACUCCACGCAAAAGUCCGCGGGGAAGAAAGCCUUUACGACGAGGGUCGGAGGCAGCAGAAACAUCGUCUAGUGAAGAAACUAGAGAUGAUAGACCUCGAUCGGCCGAGUUACCCCUUCCGAAAUCCCCUGAAAAUGUGUCUUCGUCUGAUGUAGAACAAACACGUGAUACACCAUCACAACCUGUUGAACAGAAAAAAAUAGAUCAUUGUAGUUUAAAGAUCGCUAUGCUAAAGAGAUUUAAGGGUGAGAUGAUCAACUUAGGGAAACCUGAACCUACCAACCUCAUUGAUCCGGUCACUGGGGUGUUAACACCCAUGCGGGAAAGCGAAGAAGGUAAAUAUAUACCCUUACCAGGUAGUUCUCCAGGUGAUAAGAAACCAGAUCCGCCAACUGCUAAACCUGUUAUCGAACCAGUUAAAACAAUUGUGGGAACACAACUACAUCAAGUAACAGUUGUACAGCAACAAAUUCCAAAAGUUCAUCCGCUGAAAGCACACGUACUAAGCAGUCAAGCUGCCAAAGCUGUAGUGGGGGAACAAACACCUCAGGUUGCAACUACACAAAUUCCAUCUGUACCUCAAAAUGUUGUAGUAACCAAAAUUUCACAAAUAACUGGUACCCAAAACACUACUGUAUCUACAUCUGGAAAUAUUCAGACAGUGGGACCAAUGUCACCGCGUCCUGGAAUUCCUGUAGCAGUUACAACAAAGUUUCAAGUUAAACCACCUGUACUGUCUCCAAGUCAGCAACUGUUACAGCAAUUCCCUAAUCAGAAACAUAUAUUACCAACUCGGGAACAUAUUAGUCAACAGCAAUCCAGUGUUCAUGUUAGUUCCUCGAUCACUCCGCAGCAAGCGCAGAUUGCCAUGGCUCAGAUGAAACAUAACGUGGAACCACAAGUCAUUAUGGCCGCUAAAGGAUCCGUGGGGAAGCCUGCUGCCCUUCAGCAUCUGCCAGGACCAAUACCAGCUAGUCCUCCAGUUGGCAAGACUCAAGUAGCCAAUAGGGCAAUGCAAGUACCACCGUUUCAAGCUAAUACCAAAGGAGUUAUGGAACCUCCAAAGGUAGACGUCAAUCUUCCCAAUUUGAUGAUGGGUCGACCAAGUUUGAGCCCUUCCGGCCCUCAAGCUAGGUUGACUGGAUUACCAGGUCCUCCAUAUGAAGCUAGUUUGAUGGCUGAGGCUUACUAUAACAGGAGUAGGAGUCCUCCCCCCGCCCAUCAAAAUUCUCCACAUUCUCCUAAGGGUGAACCAGUGACUCAUUUCCAACAAGGUCCAAGGCCAGCUUUAAAUAUUACACAUUAUAUGCAGCAACAAAUGAUGCAAAUGCAGUAUCAGUACUUACGACAACAGCAGCAGUUACAACACUUCCAAAGGCCAUCAUCAAAUUUAGAAAAAUCUGGGGAAGAGGGCGAGGAAGCUCCAGUAGGACUUGCUCUCUCUGGUAGAGGUGCCACUGUACCGCACCAUUCUCCUCAUGAUAGAGCUACAGAAUCUCCAGCAAUCGGUCAAGUGUAUAACACGUUGCCUAAUUCUGCUCGUUUUCCACCUUACCAUCCCGGAACGCGAUACUACGACCAGCAACCUGCGGAACCUCCACCAGCCCACAGGCCUCUGACAUCACACGAUAGAGCCGGCUUGGCACAUAUUCCGACACUCGAUAUGGCCGAUCGACCUUUAGGAGCUCACACGACGGCUCAUUCCAGUUCACAUCUAACCGCAGAUAGACCCUCCGCCACUGCACCCGAAAGACCGCUCAGUGCUCAUCUGACCCAUGAUAUAUCCUCAUUAGGAACAUCCGAAAGACCACACACAGCCUACGGACAUCCAGAACGUUCUGUGGUUGGCAGUGGUUUAGGCGCAGCUGGAAAUCUUAUUGAAGCAAUGGCUAAACAUAUAGGCGUAGACGCUCCGGCAAGUCAUCGAGGCAUUCAAGCAGCCACACCGCCUUUGGCUAGUCAAGUACCACCUCAAGCUGAAAGCUUGUACAUGCUUCUAAAGCAUUAUCCACUAAUGUGGCAAGGGCUUUUGGCGAUAAAGACCGAUCAAGCUGCAGUCCAAAUGUACUUUGUUUCUGGUAGUGAAGAGGUUGCCAGAUGUAGUUUACCAAAAAAUAUAGAUGGAUCAACACCUCCUCUACGAAUGUUCCAAAGAAUGCGAUUAGAACAGCAACAAGUUGAAGGGGUUGUUCGAAAGAUGCAGACGGAAAAUGAACAUUGUGUGUUACUAGCUUUACCUUGCGGACAUGACCCUAUGGACGUACUAAAACAAUCUACUAAUCUUACCGCAGGGUUUAUCACUUAUCUGCAACUGAAACAAGCUGCAGGAAUAAUAAAUGUCGCUGCUCCAGGAACAACACAUCCGCCGGCUUAUGUUGUCCACAUAUUUCCAUCGUGCGAUUUUGUAAACGACAACUUGAGAAGGAUAGCGCCGAGUUUGUUAGAGAGAGUAGCCGAUAUUGCACACCUUUUAAUAGUCAUUACAACCGUAUAAACCAAAAUUGAAGAGUACAUCUACUACCUCGUGCGAUUUGAAUGGAAAUGGCAAAAGUCCACACCGACUCCUGAUUUUCAAUGUCAGAUGUUAUUGAGUACAAACUACAGGCUUAGAGAAUAUACUAUAUAUACAUAUAAUUUAGCUGGUACGCCGCAUAGUUCUUUGAAGUGAAUGGUUUCAAUAGAAAGUUAUUGGGAAAUUUAGAGGUAAUAUCCUAAAGUAAACUUGUUAAAAAGUUAUAUAAUAUCAUGUUCCAAAGAAAUGUCUUUUCAUAGUCCCUUUGGGAAGAUAUUUUUCAAAUUGAUAUAAUUACAUUUUCAACUUAUCGUGUCCGCUAAUCAAAUCUCGAGAAUGUCUUAAAGAGAAAGUAAUUAAAAAAAUACUAUAUAUACUAAACAUUAUACUUAACUAUUAAAAAAGUUUCACUGUGAUUUUCAGAUGCGUUAUUACUAUUAUUAAAAUU